AUGUUCAGAGAAAGACAUUUUGAUUUUUCAGAAAUUAUUGAUGAUAUGAUAGAAGAAGAAAUGCAAGGGACCCAUAUUAAUGAAGUAAGUAGAGCUCCUCUACUUUCUUCUAAUAUUAUUAACAAUAAAACUAACAAAAAAGGUUUUAAUAAUGAAAUUGAUAUUUUAGCUUCUGUUCAAAAGAAAAGUAUUGGACCUUUUAAAGUUGCUAUUUUAAAUGAAGAGAAUAUUGAUAAUGUUUUGACUGCUUUUGACAAUUUAUUAUUCAAAAAUUGUACUGAUAUGACAAGUUCAGAUAGAGAUGUUAUUGUUCCUUUCAUUUUUUGUGAAAAUCUUGAAAUUGUUGCAAAGUCCCAAAUCAUUUUGGCAGAUUCUAAAAAACCAGUUCCAGUAUUUAGUUACGACCCUGUUAAUAGUAUCGAGAAGCCAGAUGUUUCUGAAACUUAUUAUCAAUACAUAACAAGAAUGACUCAAAAAGAUAAUUUUACUCUUUUCAAUCAAUACCGAUUAACUUUUAAUUACAAUGAUAUCCCGUCUAUAUUUAUUAACGCACAAAGACUACUUCAGCUCUCUUCUUUUGAAACUGAUUUUUUAUUAAGUUUAUUAAAAGAUCCAUCAUCAAAUCUCUUAGCCUUUCAUUUUAUCAAAGUAAGACCAAAGAAUUUAUUAUUAAUUGAUGUUCUCGAAAGACAUAUUCUUGAUACAUUAAUUCCAAACCCACAGAAUUUACUUGUAUCAUUUGAUGCAAGUACUAUCGAUAAUGAUUUUGCUAAUAAUGAAUUUAUUCAUUAUUGCCUUUCACAUAUUCAUCAUUAUUUUCCUAAGAGGUUUAAAGUAGCAGAAAAAUUAGUUCCACUGAUAAAAACGUUUGACGAACUAAUCAUUAUUGAUAUUUUCAAGAUUUUAUUUUCUCAGAGUUAUUAUGAGAAGAUUGCUCUUUUAGCUCGAGAUUGUAUUUUAGAAAAGAAGGUUAAAAAAAAUAAAACAAAAUUAGUAAUCAUGUUAUUAAAAUAUCAGUGCCUUUCUUCUGAAAUUAAUCAAAAUAUCCAAAUAUUUUGUGUGAAUUAUUUAAAGGAAGUUCUUAGUGAUGAAAAUGAAUGUCACUCUCUUUUAAAGGCAACUGUUCUAUUAAAAAAGUUUGGGACUAAUGAGAUGUUUAGAGGUAGUUUUGAUGAUUUAAUUGUUUCUAUGAAAAGUACUGUUGAAAAAAGUGAGUCUAAUGAAGUAUUAAUUACUAAUUAUGUUGUAUUGGAUUUAUUAAUACAAAGUUUGAAUUAUUAUCAAGAUGAAAGGGUAUUACCAUUAUAUAACUUGAUUGGUAAAAAAAUCAUAGAAAACUUUGAUAAAAAUACGGAGAAACUAUUUGGUUUAAUAAGGAACUUCAGUUUAUUGUUUGUGUUUCCAAUGAGUGGGUUUAUACCUAUUUGUGUUGAAUACCUUCAACAACACCAGAAAGAAUAUGAUAAUAUCCCAGUUGAAAGAUUAAUAAUGACAAAGGUUAAAGAUAUGGAAAGAUAUGAACUUGUUAAUAAAUUUAUGAUAAAAUGUUUUAAAAAUUUAAAUAUAAAUUGUUGUAAUUUCACUAAAGUGAAAGAGAUGUUUCAACUUUCAUUAACUCCAUUAAGUUGUGUUCAAUUUAUAAAAAUUUAUAACACCCAAUUUAAAAGAGAGUUAAUUGAAAUUGCAAUUGAAUCCGCUAAUCGGGAUAUACAAUUUAUUGAAGAAAAUGACAUUAUAUCGUUAAAACGAUUUUACAAAAUAUUUUUUGAACUUCAUUUAGUUUUUGCUAAAGCACCUAAAUCUGAACAAACCAGGGUAAUUCCUGCAUUAAAAGUAUGCAAAGUUUUAUUCAAAUAUAUUAGAAUUCUUUAUAAUGAUAUUAAAGAUUUACCAGAAAAAGAACAAAGUCAAAUAUUAUCUUCUUUUAUUCAAUUUAAUACUAAAAAUAAUGGAAAAGAUAUAAUAUGUAGUAAAACUAUUUAUUCAAAUAAAAUUAAAGCUUUUCAUUCAGUUAUUAUUGCAUUAAUUAAAGACACAAUAAGUGGAUUUGAUGAAUAUGGAUUAAUUUCAGUUAUUAAAAAGAAAUGUACUGAGCCAAGUGAUUGGAUUCUUUUUUAUUUAUUUAAUUGUGUUGAUAGAGAACAAUACGCUAUGAGUAGUUGGUUAAAAAAAGUAUUAGAAAAUGAUUAUAUCAUCAAAUCACAUUUAUUAGAUAAGUGUAAAGAGAUCAAUGCUUUAAAAACUGUUGGAUUUAAAAUGGGAAUUGAUCUUGCUUUUAAUACUAAUUUUCAUCUUCUAUGUGUUGAGAAGUAUCAAUUAAAAAUAUUAGGAAGUGAAGUAAUAGAUAUGAAAGGGAUUCAUCACGCUGUGAUAUUCUUAAAUUCUAUUGAAUGCAUUGAUAUUACAAGAAACGACAUUGAGUUAUUUGGGGAAAAAUUAAAUGGAAAAUAUCCAUUGAAUAUAGUAGAAAAAUUAUAUCAAAGUAUUCAAGAAGAGGAUUUAAUUCAAAAAAUUCAAACAAGUGAUGAAUGUGAAGAUAUAGGAAUGAUAUAUCAAUACCAUUCUAAUGAAGUCAAUGGUCUCAAUUUAAUUCAGCAAUAUGGAAUUGAAAAAGGUAUUCAAGUACUAGACUAUGCAAUAAACCAUCUAAUGAUAAUUACAAAUGGUAUAAAUACACUUAAACUUAUUGGAAUGGAAGAAAGUAUUACUGUUUUUAUUUUAUCUAGUAUUAUAGAGUCAAAAACUCUUGAAUCAUUAACUGAAACUGAUAAAAAGGAACUUAGUGAGAUUAUGAAUGGAAAAGAAAGAGAGUUAUUUGGGUAUUUAAGUUGUAAACUGUUACAACCAUAUCUUAACCUGAAAGAAUUAAAACAUAAAAAGUUAUUUGACAUUCAAUUAGGUAAAUGGAAAAAAAUGUUUGAUGAAAUAUGUGUUUUUAAUGAACAGGACAUAACUGAAAUUGUUGACGUUAUCUACACUAUGUUCAAACAAAGCAAGCAAACAGAAUAUUUAUAUUUAAUACUUGGUAUUUUAAAUGCAUACAAAGAAACAGGAUCUCAACAAUUUAUCCUUCAACAACUUACUAAAAUGAAAGACAUUUUAUUAAAAGGGUAUUGUUUUAUUUCCCUAAUAUCUGAAUUAAUUAAAUCUUUAAUUGAAUCAAUUGAUGAAAAGGCUUUCAAUGAAUAUUUACAGAUAUUGAAAAUAAUGAUAAAUCAUAAUUCGUGUAAGCAUUUUAGCAAUUCAGACUUCUAUCUACUUAAAGAAUAUAGUUUGAACAAUGCAUUGAAUAUUUUCUCUUGGAUAAUCCCAUGUAAAAAAAUUAGUACUGAAACCGUUCGUUCUUAUCGUGAAUCAAUUAAUACUAAAGUAAUUAGAGCUCUUGAGAGACAAAGAAAGAUUCAAGAUGGAUUGAAAGAAAAGACAUCUGGACUUUUCCUCAUAGAUUUGAUUCAAGAAAAACAAAAUGAAAACACACUGGAAUUGUCAAAAAAAUAUUUUAUUCCUCCACCACCUAAUGCCAAUCUAUCAGAUGCUCUCAAAGGUGUAGUUCAAAAUAUUGAAAUUUCAUUACCUAUAAAUUCAAUUAACCCAAACAAACCACAAAUUGAAAUUAUGAAUGAUGAAGACUUUUAUAAUUUAUUAGAGACUAAUGACGAAAUAUUUGCAAAAAGCCUUGACUCUUUAGAACAGAAAGGAGUACUAGGACAAGUUUGGGAAGAAAUACCUAUUGAAAAGAAAAAGGAAUUAACACCAUUUGAGUGUGCUUUUAUUAGACACUAUAAAGAUUUAGGCAUUGAAAUAAAAGAGAACUUUAAAGGAAGUGAAGAAAUGAGACAUGUGUGGGACCAACUCAAAGAAAUUGAUUACUCACAGAUGGCUAUUGUCAGGGAGAUUAUUCAAAAAUUUAUUUACUUUUUUGACAAAGGAAAUAAGGAAGAAAUGAAAAAUUGUGUCGAGUACUUGGAAGAAGAAAACGAAAGAGUACCUAGUGAAGACAAAGAAAAGAAAGAACAUCUAACAAACAUUAUAAUGGUUAUAAAAGAAUAUAUUGAAGAAGAACAAAAAAUUUGUGAAGAAAAGAAAGAAAAUAUUGUUAGAGAAAUGAUUGAGGUUCGUGGAAUAGGAAGAGUUCCUAUACCAGAAGAAUGGGAUGAAGAAGUUAUUUUAUCAUUACCCAACGAUAUUCUUCAAGAUAACUUAGUAGAAUAUUACCGUGCUCAUCCACUAAGAAACCAAAAAAAUACAAGUGUAUUAAAUUUAAAUGCUAUUCAAAAUAAUAGAGAUAUAUUUAAACAAUCUGAAACAAAUAUACAAACAAUGGAAAAGAAAUAUAAAGCAGAGAAAUAUAAAGAAAAAGUUAAUUAUGAAACAAAUCUAGGAUUAGAAGAAACAGACUAUUUAUUUGCUUUUGACAGUGCAAUAAAUCUUUUAAUUAAUAGUGACAAAUGGAUUGGGAAAGGGAUUAAACAAAGAAUUAUAUAUUUAUGUCUCCACGAUGAGACAAUAAGUUAUAUUAUAAUAAACAAUUUGAUGAUACAUAUAUUUAAUAAACCAUUUAAACAAUGUGUUAAAUCUUGUAAUGAAAAAAAUAUUAUAAAAGUUAUGGAAUUAUUAAUGAUUUUAAUUAAACUUCAGGACACUAAGAAAAAUGGGAACGCAAGUCCAGCGUUUAUUCAAUGUAUUAAAGAGGCUUUUACUUUAUUCUUUAAAGAAAGAAUAAGUUUUGGAGUAAACGUAAAGGCAAUGUUUUUAUUUAGAGAGUGUGUACAAAGGUGUAUUUCACAUCGAUUAGAAAUUCAAGACCAAGAGGCAAUAUACAGAUAUAUCUCUAACGAAGGACGAGUUAAUGAGAAAGAAAUAGAUGUGUUUAGUUUUUCCAUCAUUGAAGUAAAAAAUAUUCAAGUUAUUAUUGCUAAUAAAAUUAAUAAGUUUAUUCAAGAAGAAUUAGUAAAUGAAGAAGAGUUAUGGUAUUUCAUUGAACGAGUUAUUGGACAAAAAGUAGAUAAUCUAAUUCUUUUUGUCGACUAUAUUAGACUUAGAGAAAAAUUAAAGAAAGAAAUUAAUGAAAUAAGAAUUAAAAUUGUUUUUGGAAUAUUUUCAUUAAUUGGCCUUGAUGAUAGGAUAUUAUCAAGUGAAAUAACAAAUAUUCUUGAAGACACAAAUUCUAAAGUAAAAAAAAUGUUAAGAAAUUCACCUGAAUUAAUUGAAAAAGAAUUUAGUAUAUUAAAUAAAAUACCUCAAUACUUACCUUUUGAAAUGAAAUUAGGAAAUUUAAAAAAAUCGAAUUUAUCAAGUAAGGUUGAAGGAAACAUUUUAGUUAAAGUUAAAAGAAAUGAUAUACUUUUUACUUUAAUGGAGUCAUUGCGUAAAAUAAAACAGCAAGAAUGGUUUAAAACAUUUAGAAUUCAGUUUGUUGGAGAACAAGGAGAUGAUAAUGGUGGAUUAUUAAAAGAAUGUUACUCAUCUUUUAUUAAAGAGAUUAAUGAAGGAAAAGCUCAAUUGUUUAUUUCUGAAGAUAAUUGUACACUCAUUCCAAACCCAGAACACAAAGAAUCUAAAAUAAAAGAAAUGUACGAAUUUAUUGGAAAAGUAAUUGGUAAAAUUAUUCUUGAUGGAGUUACUGUUGAUGUCCAUUUUAAUGAGGCAUUUCUUAGGCUUGUAUUAGGACUUACUAAUCAAUUAGAACAUCUUGAUAGUAUUGAUAAUUCAUUUGCACAGCAAAUGAAAAAAAUAUUAAAUGAAAAUGUCAAUGAUUGGGGGCUAUGUUUUGUCACAGAUGAAGUAGUAAAUGGAGAGGUAAAAGAAAUUGAAUUAAAGGAUGAUGGAAAAACAACAGAAGUUAAUGAAACAAAUAAAGGCACAUAUGUUGACUUGUUAGUACAACAUAAAUAUGUAAAAAGAAUUUCUUUACAAAGCGAAUGGUUCUCUCAGGGAUUAUAUUCAAUUAUUUCACCAAAAAUUAUCAAACAAUUUACGCCAUCAGAAAUUGAAAUAAUAUUAUGUGGAAAUGAAAUUGACUUUGAAGAUUUGAAGAAAAAUGUUGUUUAUGAAGGGUAUAAUGAAAGUUCUAUUCAAAUACAAUGGCUUUGGGAAAUUUUAGCUGAAUAUGGAAAAGAAGAUCAUGUAAAACUACUUAAAUUUGUAACUGGACAAGUCAGAGCUCCAGUUGGGGGAUUCGCUAAUCUUAAAACAUCAAACGGAACUGCUCUUCCAUUUACUAUCUCUUCUAUUAAAUACGAUAACCCUGAUGAUAAAUUACCUACUGCUCAUACUUGUACUAAUAAACUAGAGCUCCCUCUUUAUUCAACUAAAGAAAAAUUAGAAAAGAAGUUGUCAAUUGCAAUCAAUGAAUGUACUGGAUAUGAGUUUAUUUAA